AUGGGUAGACCUACAAAACGUACACAACUUUGCCGUAAACUUGCCAAUAAAAAAAAAAAGUCGAAGUCUUUUAAUAAUACAGUAUUUCAUAAUUAUUCUGUUAAUAAUGAUUUUACUGAUUAUUUCACUGAUAUAACUGAAGAAAGCAGUAACGAAUCAGAAGUUGAAGAUUGGAAUGAUGAUCAAUUGAAUGAAGAAGCUGAAGAUUUGUUUAAAAAAAAUGGACAAACUUUACUUAACUAUUUUAAUAAUAUUCCUUCUACUAGUGCGAACAUAUCAAAAAAAAAAUCUUAUGAUAGUGAACAGUUAAAAAAAGCAAUUUUUGAUAUUAAUAAUAUUAAAUUAGACAAAGAAAUAAGUCCAGGACAAAAACUUCGUAUAGAAGCAAUUAAGUAUUAUUUACAACUUCAACAAAAUGGUCAAGGUAAAGUUAAUGCUAGUUUAAUUAUUGCACAAUUGUUUAACCGUGGUGAAUGGUUUGCAAAAUGUGUUCGUAGUUGGGGAAAUACAUUUAUUAAUUUUAGAACUAUUCCAAAAAGUAAACGUGGUCAGCAUUUUCAUAUUAGAAAUAUUUUAAAUGAUGAAAAUGUUCAUUCAAAGAUGAUAUCUUUUUUAAGAGAACAUAAAUUUGAUAUAACACCACAUCAAGUUUGUGAAUAUUUUUCAAAUGAUAUUGCACCUUCAUUAGGUUUAAAAGGACCACAAGCAGAAUUUGUUGUUAAAAAAUAUAAAAGUCAUAGAACUGUUCCCGAUACAAUUCUUAAAGAGUUUGAUAGCGAAUUUAAAGAUCAAGCGGAAUCACAAGAAUUUCCUCCAAAUAUCCUUCCCUCUUCAUUACUUUAA